CUAUAUUGCAUGCAGGAAAAAAAAAAAAAUACAGAUAGGGCCUUCGCUCUGCCGCAUGAAUACCCUUUUUGAUGCCCUCUACUCGUCGCCGGUCAGCUAGGAAAUCGCCAAAGCUCGCAUCUCCUAAUUUCUGUACUGUCGGCAGAUUUCGAUCCCCUUUUCGUCGGUUUGCGGAGCUGGAGUUUUGAUUGGAUUUUGGGGAGUGGGUUUGUGUUGACGCCUGUGAUUUGAGGUGGUAGUGUCUAUAAUGGCGUGCCGGGGGUUUCUGGAGUGCCUCUUGAAGCUGUUCAACUUUCUGCUGUCAAUCUCUGGAUUGGCGAUGAUUGGUUACGGGAUCUAUCUGCUGAUUGAGUGGAAUCGUUUUCCUCCCGGUAGCGGAGAUGAUCCGAUUUCUCCGGUGAGUGAUGGUUCAGAAAUCUGGAAGCUUGGCCGUCCGAUGCUUCUUGUGACCACCUUGUCUAAUAGUUUUCUUGAUAAGCUCCCGACUGCUUGGUUUAUUUAUGUUUUCAUUGGGAUUGGAGCUAUUCUCUUUCUGAUAUCUUUCUUUGGCUGUAUUGGAGCAGUGACUAGAAAUGGAUGCUGCUUGUCCUUCUAUGCUUUCUUGGUAAUCUUGUUAAUACUGCUGGAACUGGGAGCCGCUGCUUUCAUAUUUUUUGAUCAUGACUGGACAGAUUUGAUUCCACAUGACAAAACAAGAAGCUUCGACAUGAUUUAUAAAUUCAUAAAGGAGAAUUGGAAGAUUGUGAAGUGGAUUGCUCUUGGAGCUGUUAUUUUAGAGGCACUCGUGUUCCUGCUUGCUAUUUUAGUCAGAGCAGCAAACCUACCUGCCGAUUAUGACAGUGAUGACGAGUACAUCGCGACGAGGUCCAUACGCCAGCCAUUGAUCAAUAGGCAGGGUGUACCUGCAACCGGCGUUCCUUUGACUGCAACUCUUGAUCAGCGCCCGAGUAGGAAUGAUGCCUGGAGCCAACGGAUGCGGGAAAAGUAUGGUCUUGAUACAUCUGAGUUCACCUACAACCCCUCCGACCCAAACAGGUUCCAACAAGGAGGAGCACCUCAAACAGAAGAGAGAGGCCGUUGUACCAUACUCUGAAGUAUCAAUUCCUCUUGUGGGUAGGUGCCCUUUAUGGUAUGUGAGAGCUCCGUUUCUGUUGGGUGUGAAGUAUUUAGGCAUUUCCUUCCUGGUUUUCUAGGACUAAUGCUUUUGUUCACUAUGAUGUAUUAAUGUAGUGGCUUUGUUUGUCCUGAUAAUCACCGUAGUCAUAAAUUGAGCAAAAUUUUCUUUCUUUAUUCCUCCAUCGCUGUUCUGAUCCAGUAACAUAUACCUCUUAACAUGCUUGGAUGUGUUUAUUGAUAUGUUUGUUGUAGUUGUUUCUAGUUCUACUAUUAGUACAUUAUGGAUCUACCAUUUUUAGCGUU